AUGGAACCUGAAUUUACUAUUGAUGAGUACAAUUCUCCUUCUCAUAGAUUCUUCUACUAUCGUUCACAUCAUUUCACUUUGAUUGCUGGUAAUGAUGAAGAAUCUUCGUCCCUCUAUCUUGUAGAUGGCUUUAAAAGGUCAAAGACUACUCGAGGUUAUACUCUUCAAGAAAGAGAAAUUAAAGAUGAUGGUGAUGAUAUCAUUAAUGUAGUAUUUAAAGUACCACCAGAAUUAAAAGGAGGUAAAAAGUUUAAGAGACAAAAGGAACAUGAUAAUGAAAUUGAUAUUCUAAAUCAUAUCAGAUCAAACAGAGAUCAAGGUAACGGUUGUGAUCAAAUCAUUGGGUACUAUGGUACUGCACCUACAACCGAUGGACAGAAAGCAAUCAUUAUGCAAUACUGUGAAAAUGGUUCACUGUCAUCACUCAUUGGUAACUCUCAGUUGAUCAAUGGUGAAAGACUACUUAUCAUACUACGUGAUGUUGCCAAGGGAAUUGAAUACCUUCACAGUGAUUCGAUUAGUUUGAUUCAUCGAGACAUUAAACCAGACAAUAUUCUCAUCGACAAGGAUUAUCGAGCUUAUAUUGCUGAUUUUGGUAUAUCAACACGUGUUGAUAUAACAGGUGAAGCUUCAACUAUUGGUAUAGGUACUCCUGUAUUUAUGGCUCCUGUAAGUAAAUCAAAUCAAAAUGUAUAUGAACAAUCAGGAUCAAUCUCAUAUCAAAAUGAUGUUGAUAUUUAUAGUUUUGGUGUAUUGAUAUUUGUAGUAUUAUCAAAUGUAUUUGUUGGUGUCGAUGAUGAUGUUGAGAAAUCAAUAGAAACUGCAUUGGAUUGGCCAGAUGAAUGCAAAGAUUUAAUCAAGAGGUGUGUUUGCUUUAACCCACAAAAGAGACCAAAGAUUGCAGAGGUUGUCAAGGAUCUUGAAGAGGUGAUCAAAGCAGAACAUUUGGACAAGGCACUUGAGAAUCGAAAGGUUGUCAUGGCAAAGAAAUCAAAUCGUGUAGAGUUUUUAAAUCAAAGUGCAUUCAACGAUCCGAAACUCUAUGCAUGGGAUGAAAAGUAUCAUAAUAUUAUAAAGACAUUUCUCAGCACUAAAAGGUGGAUCACUAUAAGCGCAUGUAGUGGAACUGGAAAAAGUGUACUUUGUUAUCAAUACGCUAUCAUGGCAAGAGAGACCAUGGGAAUGGUACCAGUUUGGAUUGAUUGUUUGGAUUUAAAAAAGACCUAUAAAGACAUUGCAGCAGAUAAAUUGCUUAUUCCAGAAACUUGGUGGUCACAAAUAGAAGGGGAAGCAGUCGGAGAGUCAUCAUCAUCAUCAUCAUCCACAACUCUGGAGAAAUUAAUAAGAACUGUCAACAUGACCAUUCAAAACUUGUAUCGUAGUCAAAAUCAUUUGAUGAUAUUUGACAACUUUCCAAACGAUAUUGGUCAAUUAGAGAUGCUAUUAAAGAACCUCCCCUCCAAUGCUACAGCCAUCAUCAACUCACGUCACAACAUAUCACCAAAUCCAAAUGAUAUAAUCAACAUACCAUUUGAAUUGUCUGCCUAUGACAUUCAAACCUUUUUCGACUCAAUCUUUCAACAAUACUAUACUCAAACAAAGCAUAGAUUCUUUACUCAUAUUUCUGUCAAUAGUUUGGAAGCUGAUCUUGUUAAAUCAACAGUUCUAGUCACAAAAAGGUUCAUGGAUUAUGCAACAAAAAUAUUUGCAUGUCUUUUAUUAUUUCAUGACAAUACCGAUAAUAAUAAUAGCUACAACAAUAUUAUCUCUAAAAUCCUCGGUGUUCAAGACGACUCUAGAAAAGACAAGAAUGAUUUAACCCCUAUUUUCAACACGAUAAAGACAGAUGUGGAGAUGAAAAAAAUAUUUACAGAAUCAAAAAAUGGAACAGAAGCAUUUGAAAGGUACUGUAAACAACUUGGAAACAAAGAACCAUUUGGUCAAUUUGUAGGUAAUGAUAUUCUAGAAUCUCUAGAGAAACCUGCCAAACAACUUUUAAUGGCUGCAACUAUGAUUGAUAGUUCAUUUAUCGAGUUGCCAACACUAGUGGGUUUUCAAGACUUGGAAGAGACCCAAAUUAGCGUAGCGAUGGAAUCAAUGGAUACACUAGGUCCAUGGUUUGCACAAAUAAUAGAACAACAAGAUAGUGUAGGACUUUGUAUAAAGGAAUCUGUUGUACUUUUAGUUCUAAAAACAAUUGACCAAAAUACCAAAACACAAUUAAUUAUUGAUCUAACCAAACAAUUGACAAGAAUUGUUAAUAACCAUGGUAGCGAUGAUGAUAAUAAUAAUUUCAAACAAAAUUCAAGGCACAUUAUUAAAUUUUAUCAAACUUUGCAAACAAAUAAUUAUAGAAUUUCCAACCCAACAAUCGAUUUAUUUAAUCAUAUUUCAAGUCAAUUGGAACAAUCAAUGGAAACUAAUCAAAAUCAAUUUAAAUUAAUUUGUCAAUAUGUAAAAUCACAACAACCACCUGCAAUACUAUUACCACCAACACCUCAAGUAGCCUCAACCUCUGGCCCAGGCUACUACUCUAUUUGUAAUAUUAUGUAA